AUGUCGUUGAUGCGAGCUGGUGGGCCCUCCGCCAUGGGGUUGGCCUGCACGCGCACCCUUCGAUCCGCAUACGCCCUCAAUGCCCGGUACCUGAGCUCCUCCGCCACCCGUCAAGCAGCCGGAGACGUCAAGACCACCACUCAAGAUGCCCCCGCGACACCAUCCACCGGAAGCGCUAUAACCCGCAAAGAGUCUGCCGGUGAAUCAAUCCCACGCCAUCAACCAGACUAUAACGCCACCGUUGACCACGGCACUUCCCUGUUCUCCCCCGUCCCCAAGCGAGUUAUGGAUGGAAGUGAGCCAAGCGAAGUUGUUGCUGCCGCUGUUCUCUCUGGUGCUCCAACAGACCUCCAGGCCCGAACAGUUAGCUCCAAACCGGCCACCCAAUCCGGCACCUGGCGUAGCCACCACUGGAGGAUGGACUGGGAUGUGCUAUCCAAGGGCCACCGCUGGGAAAAUCCAUUGAUGGGAUGGCAAUCCUCCGCAGAUGCCAUGCAGGGAACCCAUCUCAACUUCAGAUCGAAAGAAGACGCAAUUCGAUUUGCUGAGAAGCAAGGCUACGAGUAUUUUGUUCAGGAACCAAAUGAGCGUGUCUUCCGGCCCAAGGCUUAUGCCAACAAUUUCCUACACGAGGCCGGGAAGCUCAAAUACAUCAAAACUAAAUAA